CAUAUAUUUAUUUACAUAAUACUAUUUUAAAUAACAAUAAUAAUAAUAUAUAUACCUAUAUAAAUAUAUAUUUUGUUACUCGUAUAGUACUGAGUAAGUAGAGUGGUGAUUAUAAAGAUGCCGCGCAAAACAUCAACCUUUUAGCUUCCAUGCCUCGACAAGUUUAUAUCUAACAUAUUACAUGCAUAUAUUGUGUAUAUUAUAAGACUCGGGUGUGGAAGAUAUUGUCCUGGAGGUCUAUCAUCAUUCAGCCACUAAAUCCUGGGAAGUUAAGAUUGAGCUAAUACGUGAUAGCGAGUCCUCCUUCCUGGUGGACACACCAUUCAACACGAUGCUCGACCCAAGUGUGCUGACCGACCUGGAGGAAUUGACGUUAUGUGGAUUUUGCAAACAAAAGUACAACGACGCAGAACUUUGUCCAAAGUAUUUGAGUUGCAAGCACUAUUUUUGCUUGAGAUGCAUCGAGAGUAACUUAAUGAAAGGUCGGGAGUUGUUUUGCGCGCACUGCUGGAAGAGAACAGAUCUUGGUGAUCAAGGACCAGACGCUUUGCCGACCAAUUCUCCUUUACUUGCCCUAGCCAAUAACUUUACCUACCUCAAAAUUACCAGUAACAAUACGUCUUGCAAACAAAAUGAUAAAGAACGAAAGAGUGAAAAUUGUCACACUCAUGGGAUGCCCCUCACUUUGUGGUGCUCUUCUUGCUGUAUAUUACUAUGUCGAGCCUGUGCUACACCUCAUGAACACCCUGGUCACCAAAUAAAAACGCAAACAGAUGCCAAAGAACAGCUUAUAUCCGACGUCCAACAUGAACUAGUUACAAUGGGAAAACUGUCGUCAGAAAUUCAAAGAAUGGCGAUGCAACAGAGAGAAUUUUUAAUAAAAGUUCUCGAAGCCUGUGUAACUCUCAAGACACACGUGGAGACUGACUUACAGAAUGGAUGGACACAUUUUCCAGAAAUAUCUGACGCACGUGAAACACUUGGCAAAGCUAAAGCUAGUCUUCAGGUGAGUGAUAGCCCGAAUGAUGUUUACAGUCUUCAUUCCCACUUAGUUAUGGAAAAACAGAGGCUACAAUCAAAGUAUCAAGAAAUGAUGCUGCAAUGCCAGUUGGACGAUCUGAUUGGUAACUCCGGGGUAAUAUUUGACUUUGGUUUGCUUAAACAAGCGCUCGCUAGUAUUCAUUCUGGCGAACCUAUUUUAUUACAACCGGCUGGAAAUGGCAGAGUGCAUAAUCACAUAGCCGCAGCUCAAAAUCCCAUUCUCUUCCUCGCAAACUAUUGCAUGUCUCAGCUGUAUUCGCGCCACGUUGUCAGCAAACAGCACAUGCAAAACGGUACCAUCGAUUACCACACGAACAUGAUACAAACUCCAGCCCCGCCGGGAUCUAUUCACAUUCAUCCUGUUCAAUUGGCACCGCAGGGUCAACCAAUAGCCCAAACCCAAUUGCUUAUUCCUCCCGGAUCUCCGUCAGUUAAACCAAUACAAACAGUUCCGCCAAAUUCAAUUCUGCAACCACAGCCGAAUGCUUUUAUGCAAGAUAAUGGUUCCAGCGGUAGUGGAGUUGGGAGUUUAUCUGUUCACUCGCCGACAAGCAACAGCAGCAUCACUGUUACUCUACGUGGACCUUCUGCAAAUCCCUAUCCGAUGUAUUAUUUCAACAUCGAGGUAAACGGGUCACCUCACGGGCGUAUUGUUAUCGAAGUAAGACCUGAUGUAGCUCCGAAGAUGGCCAAAAAUUUUAGCGUUCUAGCUACUGGAGAAAUCGGUGUCGGUUACAAAGGAUGCUCGAUAUUUCAAUGCUGGGAAGGUGAAUCUGUCAUCACCGGGGACUUUGAAUUGAACAAUGGACGUGGAGGCCGUAGUAUUUAUGAAGAUGGUUAUUUUAUGCCUGACGAUACCAAGUUCCCAGCAGUACGGGGCGCAGUCGGUAUGCGUCGUACACAAAAACGCCAUGAUAAUCUCGGUAUGGUCGGCUCCCAAUUCCGAAUUAUUUUGCAAGAAAUGCGUGGCUUUACCGGUAUAUUUGGACAUGUUGUCGAGGGGUUGGAACUUGUCGAAAAAAUAUCUACCUACGGCGAUCAAACCGGUAAGCCAACGAAGACGAUAAUUAUUACAAAAUGUGGUAAAUUGUAACGCACGAACGACGCAAUUAAGUGUGAUAACGACAAAUGCAAUUUCGACGAUCUCUAUGCGCUUUCAUCGUUCAAAAUGAUUAGAGGAUAACUAUUAUUUUAUGUUGUGCGAAGAAAACUAAUCUAUUAAUAUUAUUACUAUAAUUAUCAUGAAUCAUGGGAAAUUAUUAUUAAUAUUAUAAUUAUAACUAUUAUUAUUACUAUUAUGAUUAUUAUAAAUAUGAAAUGUGACCAUCGUUAUACGUAGGUUGCACCUGUUGCGUUUUACGGUGCACCGUUAAGUUUACUGUCUUGAUUUAUUAUUAUUAUUAUUAUUAUUAUUAUUAUUAUUAUUAUUAUUAUUAUUAUUAUUAUUAUUAUUAUUAUAUCAACUAUACAAAGUAGAGAUUUAAAAAGAUGUUGAAUCUAUUUUUAAAGAGCGAGUAAUACAAAAAAAAUAAUGAUGUUGAUACUGAUAAAUAGAACCGUAUUUUGCUAUGUAUGAUGAGUAGUAGUGGGGAAAAAAAGUUGUAGAGAUAAAAAGAUAGUUUAAAAGGGCAUCAACAUUACUUGAUGCUGUUUCUACAAUAGAGACGAUGGUUCCACACAUACGUACCUCAUAUCGAUCGUAAAAUCGAUACUAAAAAACUUCUAGCUAUAUUUAAUGAUAAAAAAUGUUUAUUUUGAACAAGGCAUGUCGUUUGUAAUCAUUAUUAAUUUUCUUUUCUUAUAUUAAUUGAUAAAAAUAUAUAUUAUAUUAUAAAUAAUGACUACCGACACGAAACUAUAGAUUUUUUAAAGAGAAAAAUGAACGCGAUCAUGCAGAUCUUAGUUUUGACGAUAUAUUUAGCGAGUAAUGUAUAUGAUUAUUAUUAUUAUAAUUAUUGAAUUAAGUUUAAACAAAUAAAUAUUAAAAAUGUCGAAUGUUGGAGUUUACACAUAUAAAUGAUAUAUAUUAUAUAUUAAUAGAUAUAUUAUAUCUAUAUAAAUGUAUAUGAAAAUAUAUUUUUAGUCAAAGAUUUGUGUGUUAUUGUUUGACGUAUGGCAAAUUAUAAAGAUUGCUAUUGAUUGCGUACAAAAAUAAAUAGAGCUGAGAAAAAUGUAUGUGUGAUUGUCGAUUUUUUGCGAUUGUAAUUGUUGUGUUUUUAAGAGAGAAAAAAAAAUAAAGUGCUGGUUUAAAACAAUAAAAUUAGGUAGACAACAAUGUCUUCCUUCUUUUCGAUCGUUAACGACGAGAAUGGGGAAUUUGGAUUCGUAACGUUUAUUAUUGUAAUUAAUAAUAAUUAUUAUACUUAGAUCUUAAUUGUGUGAAUAUUAACUACGGGGCCUAACUACAGCGUAGAACGCUAAGGCGUCCUCGUACCUUCCAAUCGAUGAUUAAAGUAAAAUGAGUGAAAAAAAAAAUAUUAAAAAAUACAAAAAAAAAAAAUGAAAAUAUAAAUAUAAAUGAAAUAAAUAUAUUAACUGAUUAAUCAUUCCUUAACAGUGUAUAUCAAAAGUAAAAAUAAAAAUACUACGAUAAUGCGUUAGAAUAAUAAUAAUAAAAAUAAUAAAAAAUAUUAAAGAAAUAAAAUGCUCGUGUAACAUCUUCGUUAGUCCAAUUGUUAUAUAUUAUAAAAUUGUAUAAACUAUCACUCCCACGUGGGAAGAUUGAUAAGUACGACGAUGCUAUUUAAAUGGCAUUGAAAGAGUUAGAUAAUAAUAAUAAUAUUAUUAAUAAUAAUUAAAGAAAAUAAUAUGUGGACGCACUAUAUAUACAAAAAACAAAACUCUUCUUAUUAUUAUUGUAUAUGUACACAGAGAGAUACUAUUGCACGCCAUAUUGAGUCGUGAAUGCCUUUCUCGAAGUGAACCUCAUUCGAUGUUAAACUUAAAAGUUUUAAAACUUGUUAAUUAAAUGAUAAAUGUGUAUUGUAAAACAUGGCUAAAAAAUAAUAAAAUAAUAAUUACUAUGAAUUAUUAAAGCGUACGCCGGUGUGUGAAUUUUAUCGCGAUGAGUGGCGAAUACGUAUUUAGAAUAGUAUCAUCGUAUUAAGGAUAUAAAUUAUAUUACACUAUUAAAAAUAAAUGAAUAAAAAUGUAUAUUACUAUAAAUCUUGGAAUGUGCAAAACUAAAUAAAAAUCACGACGAAUUAAACGAAAAAAUUUAAGUAUAUUUUCUGAGCUCCGAUGUAGCCCACGUGUCCGCGCUAUGAAUCUAAAUAAAU